AUGAGGACAGUUUUUCUUUUGAUCGCUCAACCGCAUCAAGCUCUUGCCGAGCACGAUAAUGGCUAUUUACGAGAGAUCGCGAGACAACAAAAUAUCGGCUACCAUGCUCGACCCGUCCAAGCGAGCUAUUCAUUGUCAUCCUCCUCAAACAUCAACAGUUUUCGCCAAAGGUCAGCUGUUGUUCCGCGGAGUGAUGAUGACUUCGGAGCGUAUGAUUACUACUAUGCUGGUUUACAGGAUGAAACUUCCGAUAUAGCAAUUAAAAAAGUGUCCCGGAUCGCUGGACAAGCACGAGACUGGAUCGAAAACAACGUCCAAAGCGACUACAUAAAGCGCGGAAAAUUGGAUCGCGCGAUCAAAAAGGUUGAAGACAAACUGCUCAAAACGUUGAGCCGCCCCUGUGCAAAAGAUGAACUCACUCAGGAGGAAAGUUUGGCGUUGCAGUCUACCUUUUUGAGUGCGAAAAGGUCCACUGCGCCGUUGGAUGAGAUUUUAAGGUUUACUACGAUUUGGCGAAAGAUGGCCACAACGUACCUUGUCGACUGUCCAAGAAUGGAAAAACUCAAAAACAAAAUUUUCAAGUUUCAGAAGCAAUUCGUCAAUCAUUUGGACAAAUCCAAAAAAGACUAA